GUGCUGAAAUGGUUCCUGUUUACAAGAAAUUUACACAUGGUCUAUGGAUGUGGACAGACAUACGGAGAUAGCUGUGGGAUUCAGAUGGUUUGCUCUCAAGCACCCCUUGAAAGGACCAAGACAUGAAGGUGCAGAGGCUGUUGUUCCUGGUGCUCUUGCUGCGGUGUCCCGGUUCCCCAAACCCAAAUGUUCCAGAGGAGUUUAUCCAGGUCCUUCAUGGAUGUACAAUAGAAGUCAGUGACUUCUUACCUACUCUUGUCCAUGUUGUGCCUGACCGUUUCCUUCUUGGCCCUGAUGGGGUUGGAGUUCUAUGGAAACUUCCCAUUAUCACUGCCCCCUUGGGAGUUUGUGUCUUUCUCAUUUAUAUCUGGAGAACCAUCCUCGCUAUAAAGCCUCGGCGAUAUGAAGUAACCUUACAACAAAUAAAUGAGAAGAUCCAUCGACUUAGGACAGAAAACAGGGAGCUUGCUCAGGAAAUAUCCCUUUGGGAGCUGAAGAUCCGGGAAGGCAAGAAGCAUGUUGCAGAAACUAAGAGUGAACAUAAGUUUCUCUCUGAGGAAGUUCUUAAAUUGAAGGAGAACAUCGAAAAGGUUGACGAAGUUAAUGAAAAUUUAAAUGACACCCUUCGUUGGGCACUGGCUCACUUGCAAAUUGAGAGAGAGAAGAAGGUCAAGAAUCAGGAUGUGGCCCAAGAUGCAUUCGAGGAUGGAGAGCAGAGAGCCUUUAGGGCCAAAAAACGAGAACUGCAGGAAUGUCGACGAUUGUUGGAAGACCAUUGCAAUGCCCUGAGUUCUUUGAAAACAACUCAAGAAGCCGAACUGAAAAUGCUGAGGAGGAAAGUGGAUAUCGUGGUGGAUUUCUCUAAACAAAGACAAGCGGCUGCCGAAGAGAAGGUUGCAAAGACCCGCUGUGACCUGGAGGCAACAGAGAGUCAGCUGUCCGCUGCCAUGGAAAAUCUGAAAGGAAUCACAGAAGCAACGGACAAGUACAAGCAAGAAAUUGGAGAGAUGCAAGAUCAGCUGCAGGAGGCAGAGCUCACCUUCCAACACAAGAUCGCAGCUCAUGAGAGAAGUGCUCUAGAUAAUUGGAUCAAGGCUCAGGUUUGGGAGAGGAAGAUAGUGCAGCAGAGGAGGGAGAACGCCUAUGUGAAACACAGACUGCACAUGAUGAGGAGAGAGAUGCUGCCUGAGGGAUCCAUGAGGCAGGAACCGAUGCCGGGAAGACCUGAGACACAGAACCGUGUGCAGAGAGGGCUUUGGUCUGAUGCUGAAACUGGUGGGUCUCCCAUGGGGAACAGGGGCACCGAGCCUCACAGAGACCCAGGGAUGAGCAAGGUCGGUACAGAUGUGAGAGGGUUUCCUCAUGCUCCAAGGCCCCCCCAUAUGCCCUACCACAUGGGGCAGGGUUUACCAGGCUUCCCUGGCUAUGGGCCACCUCCACCUCCUCCACAUGGGUGGACAUGGGGGCCUCAACCACAGCUCAUUCCUGCUACACAUGGGCUUCGGUCGUAUUCAGAAACCUGUGGCUCUCAAGGGGACAACAGUGGCACCCCGCCCAAGAAGGUCCCACAGAAGGACUAGAACCCUGUGGAUGCAAGAGGACCUGCUCCUGUACCCGGCCCACUGGGUCCACCGUACCCCACGGAUCCCCCUUCAUCACCAUCCUGGAGCCCUGGGGCACAUCUCCCUCCACCCACCCAGUGGUCUCUGCAUCCUUACCCUGCACCCGAACCUACACCACAGGGUUUGAUGAUAUGAAUUGUAUGAUUUGACUUAUAA